GCAGCAGGAGCACCAACAGGUCUUUCCAGUCCUGCCUGUGGCUGUGUUUUAGCACACGGUGCCUCCGGGAGCUUCCAUCGGCACGUCGGGGUGGCACCCGGGGAGAGGGAAAAGCACCAGGUGCAUCACGGCCUCACCUUGUUUGGCCUUUACUUUGUCAGCUGCAGCUUUAACUAAUCAUUGGACACCGGUAAAUGGUGGCGGAACUGCCCCUGUCACGCCAGGCUGUGUCUGCCCGGGACUGGGCACGCAGGGCAUCGCCUCUGCCAGGCACUUUGGGAAGGAGCAGCUCCAGGAGGCACCGUCCAGGGGCUGAAGAUGUCCUGUGCUAACCUGUGCCCCCUCAGAAGGUCCUGCCUGCCUUAGCCAGCAUCCUGCCUGCGAUGGCCUUCACACCUCAGUGAGGGGCAGAAGGACAAGGAGCAAGUCCCUCCAACACCACCACAUCCCCCAGGAGAGCCAUGGAGGCCCCUGUAGAUGUGCCUGUGGGGAACCUCAUUGACUUUGAUGCUGAAACACCCACCUGCGACCCCUCAGAGCCCGCUCCUCCCACUGCCCCCAGUGACAACGGGCACCUGGGAGAUGCAGGGAACGGGCACCUGGGGGACACAGGGGACGUGGCCGGGGAGGAGAGCGAUGCCACCGAGUCGGCGGACAGCGAGAAUGACAUGGGUGACUCUCCCAGGCACUGGAGUGGCUACCACCGCUCCUCCUCCAACGAGUCCUUCUCCUCCAGCCAGAGCACGGAGUCGGCGCGGGACGAGGCGAUGGCCGAGCGCCGGGAGUUCAUGCGGCACUACGUGGAGAAGAUCUUCACCGGGGGAGAGGAUUUGGACCAAGAGGAGAAGGCCAGGUUUGGUGAGCUCUGCAGCAGCGAGAAUGGGAAGGGCAGGGAGUGGUUCGCGAGAUAUGUGAGCGCCCAGCGCUGCAACUCCAAGUGUGUCUCAGAGCAGACCUUCUACCGCCUGAUGCAGUCAUUCGCCCUCGUGCUGUUUGAGUGUCACCAGAUGGAUGAUUUCAGCCCUGCCAAGAACCUCAUGACCAUGUGUUUCACCUACUACUACAUAGGCAAGCCCCACGCUCUGCCCUUGGAGGCCAAGGAGAAGCCCACGGGCAGCAUCGACUCGUACCUGAAGUCGGCGAACACGUGGCUGGCAGAGAAGAAGGACAUCGCAGAGCGGCUGCUGAAAAACACAUCAGCCAAGACAGAGAACGUCAAGGGCUUCUUUGGGGGCCUGGAGACCAAACUGAAGGGUCCUGCCACCAAAAAGAGCGACGAAGGUGAGGACAAACCGAAGGAGAAGCUGAAGAAGACAGUUUCUGUGCAGAGCCCAGAGGAGGAGGAGAAGAAAGGAGAGAAGAUCUACCUGUACAUGCACCUCAAGCAGCAGCCGAUCUGGCACAACCUGCGGUUUUGGAAUGCCGCCUUCUUUGAUGCCGUGCACUGCGAGCGCAGGAAGCGAUCCCCCACCACCAGAGGGAACACUGGGGAGGAAGAGGAGAAGAGAGAGAAGUGGUGCCACAUGACACAGGAGGAGCGUGACGACAGCCUGCGCUUCAACGAGAACAUCACCUUUGGGCAGCUGGGCACCUUCAUUCACAACAUGCUGGCGUUCGGCCUCAACAAGAAGCUCUGCAGCGACUUCCUGAAGAAGCAGGCGACCAUCGGCAAUUUGGAUGAAGAGCAAUACAAGCUGCUCAGUGACCACAUCGAGCAGAUGGCCACCGAGUAGCCUCCUGGCUGGCACGUGGCGAUGGAGAGACGGCAGCCGGACAGGUGGGGAGGGGAGAGAAACCCACCUCCGGGGCUACCUGAGACUGAAGCUGGGAUACUUACAACAAAAAUCACACACACAAGCUGCAAUAAAACCUGCAUGAUCAUCCACCAAACUUUAGAGCUGCACCAGGGCAGCCUGUAGACAUAGGAGCCGAAGAGCCCCCUGCCCUUGCCAGACCCUCCUGCCUCUAUUUUCAGAGUAGACAGUCCCAAAAGUGAACUUUGUCAGUUAAAAAGCAAAACAAAUCACAAGGCAAAAGCAGAAAGAGAGCGACUGUGCAGCCCCCAGGCACUCAGUCUUCAGCCUCCCCAUGAAAGGCUGUUGUGGUCUCCAGUGUUUGCAGCUCGAUGCUUUUCCAAGGCUGCCGUGGAUGGUGGUAAAUCCAGAGGUAUCCAAGGCUGCUUUUCCCUGCUGCCAUCCCCUUGAUGAGCGCAGCAGAUGCUGGAACUGUUCUAGGGAUGCAGGAGGAGAGGGCAGGGAUCACAUCCAGGCGCUGGGGCUGUAUCCAGCCACCGAGGAAGCCAGUGCCGGGGGGAGCAGCCGGCUCUGCCCCCAGUUUGAUCCAUCUCCAUAUGUCUGUAGUGAGGCACUGGGUGCUGGGAACAUGUGGGUUUGUCCCAGCUGCUGAGGAGGAUGAUGGGAUGCAGCAGCCAACAGGAGGCUCUGAGUCACUCAGGUUGUGUUGUGUAUCCAGGGAUGUCACCACUGGCUGGGGACACGGGCAGUGCGAGGGGUUGGUGGGAGCAGAGAUGGGGCUGGCAAAGUGCUGCUGCUGUGCUCACUAUACAGCUCCUUGGGAGCUGGAAGGAAAUCUUUCCCUUGGGAAACCUUCUCUGCACUGCCUGUGUGGUUUUGUACCUCUGGGCAAAGAGGAAACACAGUUUGCUUCAUAUCAUUAGCCUGGAUCAGUAGGAAAAAAGCCAUGGCCUUGGGCAGGAUUGUGGGAAGAGGAGGCAGAGGAGAACCUCGUGGCUUGGGAGGAGGCAGCAAAGCACAUCAUCCUGCUCCCUGCUGCCCUGUCAGUGUUGGGAUGUCGCUGGAUUGUGACAUUUCCCAAAGCCUCCUGGCUUCCCGCAGUGACCGUGGUAGCAGAUUAAUCGCUCUCCUUCCCCGGGCUGCUCCUCGGUGUCCCCUCCUUCCCCAGCCCCUUUGCUCCAGCUGAUCAUCCAUCAAACCUGAAAUAGCCCUGUCUUAAGGACAUCUCCCAUUCUGCUCAAGGGAUGGCAGCUCCCACUGUGCAGCAUAUCUGAUUUUUCCCCAUGGAUCUUGGCGUGGUGGUUGCAGAGAGGCUGGGGACAUGAGGACAUCGCUGGGGACACGGGGACAUCACUGCUCUCCUCUGCAAGGAGCAUCCCAUAGGGUCAGAAACCCCCAGCCCUGCUCAGCCAAAGGUCCAACACUCAGUCUCACCCCAAAAACAUCAUCUUGAAACACAAGUGUAGGUUUCAAGAAACCAUCAGUCCAUUUUUCCCCAUGCUGCCAUCUGUAUCCUGUAGGAUAAAUAGCAUAAAAUGGUAUUUUUUCCAUGUAGCUCUUAGUUUCUGGUAUUAUUUCUGAGCAUCAAAGUGAUGCUUUUACCUAAGCUGGGCUUCCCUUGCUGCUGGGGAUGGGAGUUGGCUCCACGUUGGGUCUUGUAGGAAGGACGGAUUCAGCACAAAUUUUCCCUUGGCCAUUCCCAAACCUGGAUAGAGUUACUGGAGAAGGUUUUUUGCCGGGGUGAGGGGCAGACAUUGGUCCCUCCAGCAGCCCCUCAGCUCCAUGAACACCUUCCUGAUGGACAGGAUGUGCUGGACCACAGGCAGCUCAGCAUCCUGGAGCAUCCUAUCCCCAUGACAUCCCUGUAUCUGUCUCCACUCAGGUCUUCCCCAAAUCCUCCUUUGUUUCUUUAUUAUUUUUUUUUCCCAACAUGAAAAAAGAAGUUCAGCGCUGAAGUGUAUAUUAUUUGCAUGUGUAUUUUUCUAUUAAAAAAAUAAUUAAAAUAAAAUAAAAAAUAUCCAUAAACCCUU